GGCGUAGCAAACGAAUUUUCGUGUUUAGGCGGUGAAUUUCCAACAUGGAGGCGAACGAGUCGGUUGUUAAUUUCGGUAACUGUGACUUAUGGUCACCUUUUAAAGAUCUUUAUGCCGUAAUAGAUGCGGCUUUGAUCAAGAAAGAUUUAGAAGCAUUGCCAGACUUGGAAGCCGCUUUACGAAAGCACAAACCUAACUUUAUUUCUUUAUUUAAGAAUCCUUCCAAAAAUGCAGUCUCUAGAGAAGCUGUUAAGAAGUCUUCCACCGAAGGAAUACGUGUCUUGGGACAGACUGGACUUCAGAUUUUACAUCAGAGUUUGGUAGAUGAAAGUUUGAUCAUCAGUGAUAUGUUUGACUUAAAUGAACUCAAUGCAUUGGAAUUAUUGGUCGCAGGUCAGCUACAACAACCCCACUUUCCGGGAAUGACUCGAGGAUUGGUUGCCGUUCUGCUCUACUAUGACGGGAGGAGAACCCUCGUCAGUUCCCUUCGCGCGCUGAUUAACGCUCGGAGGGGGCGCACUUGGACUUACGGACUGAAUAGCGAACUCACCGCCAUGAUUACGAGAUACACCGAUCAGUUGAAGGACGAGAACGUGGUGACGAAGGUGAUCGAUCUGAUCAAGCAAAUAGAUUUACCCAACGAGUUGCAUCUGUUACAGAAAAAUAGAGCAUUGGGAGGACCACGAUAUAGAAAACAAGUCGUGGAUUUAAUCCAGGAAAUUAGGCAGACUUUGGCAGAUAUCAUUUUUGGUUGGUCGUGUCAGGGUCAGCUGUCUAAUAACGAAACCUUGUAUCUGUUGGAUUAUAUUUCAAAACAGUCUUGCAGUGCGGACGGCUCUCUGGAUAAUGUUACGUUGACACUUUUGAUGUCUUUACUUAAUGUGAUUGACGUAAGCAUUCUGCAAACGUGUGAAGACAGCGAUGAAGUUGUGCAGUUCUUGCAUGUUGUAGCCGAUCAUGAAAUUAUACCUUCUUUGCACAAAGAACUGUUUGCGUCAGAAAGGAAUUGGCAGACUCCAAAAUUGAAAACGAUUGUACAGUUUGCUUGGGCUGUUAUGUUACACACGUUGUUGCAGUUUCCUCUUCCGUCUCUCAUGGAAGAAUUUAAUCAGUUUAUGGAACAAGAUGAGAAAACAAUAGAUAUUGCCAUUGAAGAUAAUGCAUUUGAAUCAUUACUCCAUUUAGUAGUAUCUAGCAAUAUGUUUCAUCAAGAAGAAUUUUUUGUAAAACGUAUUCAUACAUUAAUUACAGAUUUUAUUGUUUUAAUGCCUCUUAAAGUAAAAGAAUUGAGAAAUAGAGGUGAUGAUGCGGCACGGACUAUAUUAGCUCACAUGCAGGAAGGUAUUUUACCACCGCCCAAUCUUUCUCAUCAUCUAGAACAUUUGAUGCAACUAAUCACUCAUUUAUACAAAGAUGAUCCUUUGAAUUUGGAAUUAGCUUUAGAUUACUGGUGUCCAACUGAAGUUCCAACUGAUCAGGGGUAUUCGUACAGACCACCCCAAAGACAAGUCUCUCUUUACAAGUUUAUCAGACUGUCGGGAGAUAUGUUGCCUGCACCUUUAUUUGUACCUUAUGUUGAUAUGCUUGCAGGUCUUUCUGGAUCAAAAUUGUGUGCCCAUCACUGUUAUAUGCUGUUAAAAUUAAAUGGAAAAAAUUCAACUGGACAGUGUAGUAUUGUUUCGUGGGACCAUAUAUUUGCAUCACUCAAUCGUUACUAUACGAGUUUAAGAAUAGAGUUACCGCCUGCUUCUAACCAGUAUACUUAUCGUCAGCAUUCUGCAAUGAGAGGAAUUACUCCAGAAGAGGUGGAAGGAUUAAUUUCAGCAUUACGAUUAAUUGAAACUGUCGUAUCAAAUGAUGAAAUGGCACGAAUUUCUUUGUGUGAUGUUCCACAAUAUAUGCCAUUAACAGUUCUUUUAGGAGUAGUUGGAUGUAGUGUACCACCUGAAUUAAAAGCAGCUUUAUUAAAAACAUUGUCAGCAUUUGCUCUAUCUGCAAACAUUGCAUCAAAUCUUUGGCAAUCUUUAGAAUCAUUUCAAAUUAUUCCAACUAUAAAAACUACUUCAGUUUAUCAACCAAGUGGAAUUCAUAUAGAAUUAGAAGAAGUAGAAGCAAGAAAUGAAGAAUUUCCAAUUACAAGAGCAAUGCUUAAGUUGUUAAAUGUGCUUUUUGAUCAUCCUUUGCCGUCUGCUUUAGGUUCGGGUCAACGUACUCCGGGCUUUGCUCCUUACCUUGAAUAUAUUAUUGAUCUCGUAUUUCUUCGUUUUAGUACCAGAGCAUAUAGAAGAGAAGAAGAAAAGUGGGAAAUUGCAAAACUGUGCUUGCAAAUAUUUGUAAAAUUACUUCAAGAUAAUGAUGUUAAAUCAGAUAUUCGAAAUGGCAUGCUAAAUGAUAUGUCAAGUUCAGGAAUGAUGCCUUCUGUGCCACUAGAUUACAUUCUUAUGACCCAGUUAUUAAGAGAGAGUGGUCUGUUAAGAACUAUAAUGUAUAUUCUGGAUGAAGGAUCUUGUAUUUUGAGUUUAUACAUGACAACUCAAGGCCAAAAGCAACUAGAAAUGUGCACUUUGUUAUGUUUGAAACUUCUUCAGAAAGCUCUCAUUCACCAACCAUUAUUUCUUCAACAAGUGAGAGAAGGAAAUAACUCUAUUAUUGUUUCUAAUCUGGAUCAGUUAUUAAUGGGUAUUAAUCCGAGACAUGGGUGUGCAGAUUAUUUAGUAAUUGUAGCAAAAUUUGUUGGAUAUAAUGCUUUUUUGCCUAAACAUGCUCUUGCUGCAGUUCGUAUUUUAAGACACAUAUGCUCUAAUAAUGGAGUGGCACAACAUCUUGCCACAGCUUUUGCUACUGAUGAAAAUGAAAGUAAAACAUUGUUACAUGGAUUUGUUGAAUGUUUAGACACAAAUGUCUUAGAAGAAAUUGACGAAAAUAAAGAAGAAAAAGACUGGUCUUCAGCUAAUUUUUAUAAUGCUAUUUGUCAAGAGCUUCUUAAUUUACUCCUAACAUGUUUAAAGCACCCAACUCCUAACAUAGCUCAUUUCCUGCUUGGUUUUCAACCAAAACAUGCAAUGUCAGAAAUAACUCUACAGGAUCCUGGUGUUUUGGGAUCACCUCGUACUUGCCUACAUGCUGUGUUAUCAAUGUUGGAUAGAGGCAUUGAUUUAUAUAAUUAUCCAACUUGUGUUAAUGAAUUUCCUCAUGUAGCAGAGUUAGCUUUCCAAUUAAUUUAUGUUCUUAGCAGAAAUAAAGAUACAUCAGGUCCAACCUUAAGAUAUUUACGAACAACAUACGAUUUUCUUUAUCAUCAUCUCCAAUUCCUACCAUACAAAAUCAAGAAAAAUAAUAUAAAAACUUUGGCUUGCCAGUCUUGGUUACUUAAAACAGUUGCAACAGAGCUGAGAGUUACAGCAGCUCAUAAUCAAAGGUCACAUGUACAGCGACUUUUAAAUAUUUUGCUUAAUGAUUCUUUUAGAUCAACUAAUGGUGUUGAUAUUGCAGAAGCUUCUGCAACUCCUAGUUCUAUGUUUGUGUCUGUUGUAACUUCUAUUUCUGAACCAAUACGUAGAAAAUUAAUGCAAAUAUUAGAUAAGUUAGAAUUCACACAAAACUGGCCAGCACCGCCUGAAUGGGAAUAUUUUGACAUGAUUGAAAUUGAACGUUUAUUCAAAGCAAAUGAAUUGGAUAAAAAAGAUGGUUUCUCCCAAAUUAAUGUCAAAAAUAUUCAAAAACAGCUUUCAGAAGAGUUGAUUAGUCUACAGGGUAUAUCUGCAGUUGGUCAACGAUCUGUGAUUUCUCAAGAGGUUCAAAGCAUUAUUCAUUAUGCUAAAUUAAUAAAUAAUGUUAAAGAGAAAAAAUAUAUUAAAAGUCAAGCUUUUGAAGCAUGGCAUUUAGUAACAGAAAUUGUUUUAACAGUUUGUCCAUUAGAUAUGCUGGAAUUAGAACAAAAGCAUCAAGUUAUCUUAGAAAUUUCACAGGAACUAUUACAAAGAAUACUAAUUGAUGACACUUUGUCUGAAAUCACUGCUUCAGCAUCAGGUGUAAUAUUAAUGCUGAUGACAACACUUCAUCAUAAUUUGAAUCCAAAUAUUGUUGCAGCUGAAACAAGUUCUAUUCAAGUUUCCCAAAUGGAUAUAAGUAACAUUAGUCUUCCUACUCCAGCUCAGUAUACUGCACUUGUCAUAAUAUUAAAGCGUAUCACCGAAUGUUUGUUGCGAACGGGUGGAGGGAAUCAGAGAGUCAGGAUUAAUUAUUACGGAGCAUUACUUAAUCUUCUUGGAACCGUAAAUCAUUCUUCUAAUACUAAUUUAAUGAGAACUCAAGGAGAAGUAGAGGUUCUGGGACAGGAAUCCGAGUCUGAAAAAAUAAGUCGAGAAUAUACAGAAGCCAUUUUAGAGUUUGGUGAAACCAUAAUGGAAAUUGUUUGUAGGGAUGCUUGUAGUGGUCAUGACAUUACAAAAAUGCUUGCUUUAUCUUUAUUAGACAUGGCUAUAUUUUUGGAUCACCAGCAUCAAUGGUUAAAUUUCUUGAUAUCCAGAGGAUACUUGCGUCAUUUCAUUGAUAGCUUACUGAAAGAUGAUAAAGAAUUACAAAAUAUUUUGACAAAAGGUUCAAAUUCACUAAGAAGUGUGUAUGUUUUUGAAUCAAAGCUAUCCUUGUUUACAAGAAUUGGCAAUUCUCCCAUUGGUGCUCAAGCACUUUUGAGAAAUGGCAUUAUGGAGAGGUUAACAGAAUGUGGUUGCUUAGAUUUGAGACCAGAAAUUUACAGAGAUUUUCACUUAGAAGAAAAUAUUAAGAAAAAUACUUGGUUACUACCAAAUUUGUUUCAGUGCUACCAACAAAUAAUAAUACCAGCUUUGAGAGUUAUAUUAAGUAUGAUGACAUCAACAAGUCCAAAACAUCUGCAAGGUGAACAACAGUUGCUGAAUUUUAUAUUAGCUCAUAGUGGAAUAUUUUCAGAUAUUCUGAGAGAUCGUUCAGCACUAAAAAGACUCGAUUCAUUAGCCGAACUUUCUUUAGUUACUGCAGUUUUAUCAAGAGCAACACUAAAUGAAUCGAGUGAAGUUCCUGAAGUUACCCAUAUUGAAACUAGAGGUCAAAUUGCAUUGUUGAGACAUCAGUUACUUGCCUUAUUACCUGUUUUAAUUUCACAUAAUUGGGAUUCGUAUCAAUUUGUAGUGCUUUUAGAUGAUUCAGUUGAUAAUGUUAUGCUCAAAGUUAAAAUACUUGAGCUGGUUUCUAAUGUGUUAAGUAGUUGUAGAAUGGUGGUGGCAUCAUCUGGUCGUGGAAUUUUGUCUAGAAUUCUCUUUACGCCCAAUCUUUCAGAAUCAUUAAAUUCAGAAAAAAGUCACACUUCUGAUACACACAUGCAAAGUGUGCCUACUAGUCGUCAUCCACCUGGAAUUGGUAUGUUAAUUCUAUUGUUGCGGCAGUGUAGUUUACAGCUCCAAGUAGCAGUAAAUGCACAAAAGAAUUUUCAGCAAAGAAUAGAAGGCUUGCCGAAUUUGAGUUUUGAAAAAAUGUCAGAAAAUUUACCAUCAGGAAUCAAAACAAAUCCUGUUGUUCCGCAUAGAAAAGAAAUGGUUUAUCAGACAUUAAAUAAACUCAUUUUUCAGUAUAGCCAAAUGGCAAAUAUAUUACGUUACAUUAUUGAAGUAUCAGUGUAUUUGUUAUGGCACCACCUGCAUUUCUUUCUUCAGACUUACAUGGGAGAGGAUUUAAUUUAUAGUAAACAGAUUACACAACCUAAGCCUAUUCGUAAAUUACAAGCUGUCCAAGAACCAACCAAAGAAAUACCAAGUUACGUUCAUCCCAAGUCACAAGUAACAGAAGAUUGGUUAACCCAAUCUGACAUUAAAAAUUUAAAAGCCGAUAUUUCAAAUGUAAUGAAUGAUUAUUUCUUUAAUGAAUUACAGUCCAUUGAACAAUAUUUUCAAGAAGACUCUAAACGUAUUGGAUUUUUUGAAGCAGUUGUGUGUCGUUUGAAACGUCUAGUUCAACAAUGUACAUAAUUUUUUGUAUUUUUAUCAUUUUAAUUAUGUUCUUCAGUUUUUUUUUAAUUAAAACAAUGUGUACUUUGUUAGAAUUUGUAUGUUUUCAUCAAAUAAAUGAAAAAAUGCUUCUUUAUUUUAUUGUAAUACAUUGAUUAAAUACAGUAAGCUUAAAUCACCCUAAGUUUAUU